GAGUGCACACGGAGCCCGAAGACAACGCGUACUGCUGUUUGUAAAUAACUCCGGGAACAGAACAGAAAAAGCACUUUUUGGACAUCAGCUGUCAAGGGAAAACACCUGUCGACUUGGUACAGUAAAAAGUUGUUCAAACUAUUUUGGACGUUUCUUUUCUCUUCUUUGACAUCUUUUUGCCUCAUGUAAUAUUACGGAGAGAACAAGAUUAACGGACAUUAAACUGUACAGUCAACUGUCAAAAAAAAAACGUCCGACGUAAUUUCUGUUCACAUGUCAACAAAAAUGGAGCAACCGUUUUAUCAUGACGACUCGUUUCUUUCUGCUUAUGGUCAUCCAGACGCUGCCCUGCACGACUACAAGCUCCUAAAGCAGAACAUGAGCGUGGGCUUCGCCGAACCUUACCGGAACCUCAAGUCCCUCCGCUCCGAAAGCGACUUCUACACCGCGGCGACCGGAGACGUAGGCUCGCUGAAACUCGCCUCUCCGGAGCUGGAGAGACUCAUCAUCCAGAACGGUAACGGUGUCAUCACAUCACCCACCCCGGGGCAGUAUCUGUACACCCGGAGCAUCACAGAGGAGCAGGAGGGCUUCGCUGACGGCUUCGUGAAAGCGCUGGACGAGCUCCACAAAAUGAACCAAAUGCCCCCGCCGAACGUGUCCAUCGGAGCCGGAGGACUGUCGUCCUGCUCGGCGGCUUCCGUCUUCGGCGCCUCCUUGCAACCGGACACCCCCGUGUACACCACUCUAAACAGCUGCAAUCCCAACACUAACCUCACACCUGCAGCCAACUACCCGACAGCCACCAUCAGCUACUUGCCUCAGUACCACCACCACCACCAUCACCACCAUCAAAACGCGACGCAUCCUCAUCAUUUCCAACACGCGCUCCAUCAACAGCGCCUUAAAGAGGAGCCACAGACCGUUCCUGACCUGCAGAGCAGCGACGGCUCUCCUCCCAUGUCCCCCAUCGACAUGGAGGACCAGGAGCGCAUCAAAGCGGAGCGCAAGAGGCUUAGGAACCGGCUUGCGGCCACCAAGUGCCGGCGACGGAAGCUGGAGCGCAUCUCCAGGCUGGAGGACAAAGUGAAAAUCCUAAAGACUGAUAACGCCGGACUGUCCAGCACCGCGUCCCUGUUGAGGGAGCAAGUGGCCCAGCUCAAGCAGAAGGUCAUGACUCAUGUGAGCAGCGGCUGCCAGCUGAUGUUAACGCCGAAGAUCAAGUCGUUUUAAAACGAACUGCUGCAAUUACACAGACUCUGACAAAUGGGAAACACUGGAAGAGCAGAUCAUGUUUGUGAUGUUUUGAUGCAAAUGCUAGGGACCCUUUUCACACACAGGCUGAAACCAGGCUACUAGGUUAUAGCGGUGAAUGAGAGACUACAUUA